AUGUACGGGUCGGAAGAUAAACCGUCGAGUACCGAUACCAGUAAGAAGGAAGACCUGGACGACUUACUCCCUAUUGUUGGUGAAUUUGGAACGUAUCAGAAGAAAUUGCUGUGGCUCGUGUGUCUGCCUGCAUGUCUUCCAUGUGGUUUUUGUGCAUUCAAUCAGCUGUUCAUGGCAUCUACACCCCCGCACUGGUGUCGUGUCCCAGGACUCGAGAGCCUCGACUCCACCAGGAGGCGAAGACUCGCGAUUCCAACUACCAAUGAGGAAGGCAACGAGACUGUGUACAGCCAGUGCACGAGGUAUGAUGUCAAUUGGUCGGAUCCCAAUAUUAUUGACCUGACAAAUGUCAAUCUCCAGGCUAAUUUUACGGAUUGGCCUGUCGUGCCCUGCGAUCAUGGAUGGGAAUACGAUAUGUCGGAAAUCGUCUCUUCAAUCGUGAUUGACUUUGAUCUUGUCUGUGAUAAGGCGAUUUAUCCCACCCUCGGGCUUGUGGCUUUGAACACUGGAGGACCGAUUGGUGUUUAUCUCUUCGGUACCUUAAAUGAUAGAAUUGGAAGGAGAUUAUCCUUCUUCAGUUGUCUGGCUACACUCAUACUCGGAGGCAUCAUUACAUCAGUUUCGAAUAAUUUCUGGACAUGGGCCGCCUGUAGAAUGGUCGUGGGCCUCACGAUUCCAGCGAUAUAUCAAAUACCAUUUAUAAUCUGUUUGCCAAUAAUAUGGUAUAUGUAGGCCUCUCGUAUUACGGUCCAGCAUUAGGAAACGAGGAACACUUGAGUUUCUUUUUCUCUUCUCUAGCUGAAAUCCCGAGUUACUUGGCUUGUUGGGUUGUCAUGGACAGGUGGGGAAGGAGAUGGCCUUUGUGUCUCUGUAUGGUCACUGCUGGGCUUUCUUGUGUUGCCACAGUACUCUUGCCGCCAGAUGCGGUACUGACAACUCUCAUAUUAUUUCUUCUCUCAAAGUCGGCAAUAUCAGCGUCAUUCUUGAUAAUUUACCCGUUCGCUGGUGAACUUUAUCCCACACAACUCCGAGGGGUUGCAAUUGGUUUUUCAGCCUAUAUAAGUGGCCUCGGUCUCAUCAUAAUCCCCUUCAUCACCUAUUUGGGGAAAGAAAAUCUAGUGCUCCCACUCGUAAUACUUGGGGCGGUCUCCGUUAUCGGAGGAUUGUCCGGAUUACGACUGCCUGAGACACUCCAUCACCGUCUACCACAGACUGUUGAAGAGGGUGAACUCUUCGGCAAGGAUUGGACAUACGCCGACUGCCUUACAUGUAUACCCACCAAACCUCCGUCUGCGACAACCUCAUAUGAAGAUCUCUCUGCUGGUGAGACCGUGGAGAUGCAGUCGGUAUCAACUCAACCAAUAUCAGAUGAGCCACGUGGACCAGCAACUGCCACUCGUCGUCUCCUCAUGAGACAAUCAAGUGUCAUGGAGACGCAGAGAGACUCCGAUGGUUCCAUCAAGAUGACUUAUUGGUUUUAAAUCACAAAGGUUCGAAAGACUUCGGUGACCAAUUCAGAGAAGAAGUUCAACAGUUUUCAUUAACUGAAUCCAUCCAUUAUCACUUCCAAUUACCGAAAAUGUCAUUAAUGAAAAUAUCAUUAGCGAAAAAUUUCCCCAAUGAAAGGAAUUCCUUAAAUUUUAAUUCUUUCACUGGGCUAUUUCAUAAUCAAUACUGAUUGAUCAUUUCAAGCCCAGCUAUCAAAUUUUCCUUCAAUUCCCAAUUAACAUCGAAGAAAGACAAAAUUUGUUGACAUUUUCUUGCAAAAAUAUUCAUUCUCGAAAUAAUUGAAUAGUUAAAAUUUAUGUAAUGAAUAUUCCUGUGGCUUCUUUAUUGAAUUCCUCACCAAAUUCUCCCGAAUUCCAAGGGGAUAUUUCUUCCUCUGUGCAGUAAUUCUUUUUAUUGAAAUAUCCUUGGUUUCUUGGGGAGGGUGUUGCGCAUAAUUGUGUGCGUGCGUGAGUCAAGAGGAUGAAUCUUCUCCCUCUGGUUAUCAUCUUUGAGUUAUAAUCUUGUCGUUCUGUUGUAACAACUGUAAUUAGUCAGUGGAAAAUUAGACCUGAUUUUUUAAAUAAAA